AUGGCGAUCCGCUUUAUCGAGGAGCUGAUUAAUCUUACCCAAGGCAUUCCAGAAAUCCACAACUGGAGCCUAGCAACCUUCUACUCAGUAUUGGUCGCAAUUAUGUCCCUACUUGCAUUCCUGAAACCGAACAUCUUUGGCAAGAAAGCUAACUCGGACGGCCGCACCGCCGCACUUCCUAUCAUAGCGACCGCGACUGGAACUAGUGUUAGCGCCGUUACAAAGCUAUUUGACAGCCUGCGUGGCAAUGAACAUGGGGUGUCUCCCAUAGCCGACAUGUGCAUGGAGGCGGAGCAAGCCCUGACCCAACUCGACAACAACGCUUUGCAUAGCACGGGUCAGAUAGCUACUGUCCGCCUUGAGUACCCCGGUGAUAUAUGUAUCAACCCCAAAAUGAUAAUUCAACUGAAUGUGCUGUUCCGUAUACAACACUCCCAGGCACGCGAGGCGCUACACGUACGGGACUAUGAUUAUGACGUGUGGCUGUGGCGUCGUGACGGAGAAAGGGUCCUGCCUGUCAUCGAGACGCUAAAUCGGUUGUUCCCCGAUGAGGCGUGCCCAGACCAUAUUGUGUACGACCGUGGUUGCUUUGCCCGAGCGUACGUGCAUAACCCCGACAACAGAGAUCGGCUCGUUGAGGUCCUGGGUUCCGAGGCCGCGCUCGAGAAGUGGAAGGAAGUGGGCUUCUACGUGGAUCGCUUCCACUUUACGGGACACAGUAAAUCCGACCAGGCUUGCAGGGACAACUGCAACCCCUACAGCAUCCACGCGCCUUUCUUGACGUGCGUGCUUAGCAAGACGCGCAUCAGGGACAUUGCUCAGGACGAGCGACCACAGGUCCUGAGUGCAGCAACCGACCUUCGCAACGCUUGGCCCAGGGUUCGCUUGACCAGCGGGUCGCGGCUGAUAUAUGCCUCUGGCGAGACUCCCAUGAACCGCUGCCAGUCCGCCAGGGCGCUCAGCGUGCCGGUGACGGUGGAGGUCGCGUACCGGCCAACUGCAUGCGCUAUGAACAGACACACCAGGUCCCGAUUGAGGUCAGACCCACGCUGGCGGGGCAGGGCGUCCGCCUCCGGCACCCCUGCGACCUCCGUACAGAAGCGCACAAAGUGCCGCCACCCCGACUCGUAUGUGACCGAAGAGCUGUCUGCGACCGCGCUGCCGUGCAACUCCACGGCUAGCCGUGCUAGUUCCUCCAUAACACUCCCCUGGGCCACUGAUCCGAUACCCGCCGCCGCAAGCAAGCAAGAGGUGCAGCGGUACCAACCACCGGGGUAG